CCGACGCCCCGCCCCUCUCCCGAGAGCUGCGCCGCGGCGAGCGGAGGUCUCGUGCCGUAACGGCCAUCGCGGAGGCCGUGGCGGCGCCCCGGUGCCCUCGUCAGUGCUGAAACUGGUGAAAGAUGGCAGAAGAAGUGGUGGUAGUCGCCAAAUUUGACUAUGUGGCCCAACAAGAACAAGAGCUUGACAUCAAGAAGAAUGAGAGAUUAUGGCUUCUGGAUGAUUCUAAGUCCUGGUGGCGAGUUCGAAAUUCCAUGAAUAAAACUGGUUUUGUGCCUUCUAAUUAUGUGGAAAGGAAAAAUAGUGCUCGUAAGGCUUCUAUUGUAAAAAACCUAAAGGAUACCUUAGGAAUUGGAAAAGUGAAAAGAAAACCUAGUGUUCCUGAUUCUGCAUCUCCUGCUGAUGAUAGCUUUGUUGACCCAGGGGAACGUCUCUAUGACCUCAACAUGCCUGCUUAUGUCAAGUUUAACUACAUGGCAGAGAGAGAGGAUGAAUUGUCAUUGACAAAAGGGACGAAGGUGAUCGUCAUGGAGAAAUGCAGUGAUGGUUGGUGGCGAGGUAGCUACAAUGGACAAGUUGGAUGGUUCCCUUCAAAUUAUGUAACUGAGGAAGGUGACAGUCCUUUGGGUGACCAUGUGGGUUCUUUGUCAGAGAAAUUAGCAGCAGUCGUCAAUAACCUAAACACUGGGCAAGUGUUACACGUGGUCCAGGCUCUUUACCCAUUCAGCUCAUCCAAUGAUGAAGAACUUAAUUUCGAGAAAGGCGAUGUAAUGGAUGUUAUUGAAAAACCUGAAAAUGAUCCUGAGUGGUGGAAAUGCAGGAAGAUCAAUGGAAUGGUUGGUCUGGUGCCAAAAAACUAUGUUACUAUUAUGCAGAAUAAUCCAUUAACCUCAGGUUUGGAGCCAUCACCUCCACAGUGUGAUUACAUUAGGCCUUCACUCACUGGAAAAUUUGCUGGCAAUCCAUGGUAUUAUGGGAAAGUCACCAGGCAUCAAGCAGAAAUGGCAUUGAAUGAAAGAGGGCAUGAAGGUGACUUCCUCAUUCGUGAUAGUGAAUCUUCGCCAAAUGACUUCUCAGUAUCACUAAAAGCACAAGGGAAAAACAAGCAUUUUAAAGUUCAGCUAAAGGAGACUGUCUACUGCAUCGGACAGCGUAAAUUCAGCACCAUGGAAGAACUGGUAGAACAUUACAAAAAGGCUCCAAUUUUCACAAGUGAACAAGGAGAAAAAUUGUAUCUUAUCAAGCAUUUAUCUUGAUACUGAGGACCAGAAGUGACUGCUGCACAGCUGUGAUUUAUCCUAGUAUUGAAGAUCCAGAAAAUGACAGUCUAGUUGCGCUUGAUUGGAAACUGCUGUUUCUAACUUUAUAUGAGAAUUGACUAUAAUACAUAACUCAUACAUGUAUGCUACGUAUGCAGAGCAUCUGCAUAACGCGACUCCUUGUUUUU